GUUAUUUCUUUUACAAAAGCGUUGCCUAGGUUUCACGGCCUUUAAGCGUAGGGUUUCUUAAAUUCAGUUGCCGUAGACAGAACUUGCGAUCUCACGGCCAUCUUAAUUCUGCAAAUACCCCUCUCCUCUCCUCUCCGCUCUGUUGUAAUAGUUUCAGUUCAGAGGAAGAAAGAAAAGAAGAAGAAGGACAAAUCUUACCUGCGCGCGGCCGUGAAGGGAAAAAAAGCGACACUUUGGUUAAUAUAUAAUCCCAGCACCAACCAUAUGGCCGAAAGUGCGAAGAAAGACUUUGACGCAACCGAUUGUUGGUUCGAGGAGUUGGGAUUGAUCACGAAUGGAUUCAGCAAAGAGAAUUACAUUGGGAAAUUCCAAUUUGGUCGAGUGUACCGAGGUGUUUACGUGAACCGUGCGGUAGUUGUGAAAAUAUGGGAAGACGAAGGAACUAAUUAUAAAGUUUUGCCUGGUGAUAAUGCACGUAGAUACUGGGAGGAAUACCAGUUGCUCAAUUCCUACGGUAAGAGAGGCUUAGUCACGUUGAGAGGCGGAUGGUGCAAGGCCCUGCAACGUUAUGGUAUGGAAGCUCAUCCUAGCAUGGUCGAGUCGGAGGGAUGGUGCCAUUAUCAUGGAAGGUUUGCCAGGGUUUAUAAACUCGAUGCCCUUGACACCUUGUACAGCCUCAUACCAGAAGAUAGCUUUACUUGGUCACAUAGGAUAAAAGCUGCACUUGGUCUGGCAAACUUCCUUGAAUUUAUGCACAUUCCCGCUCCCGACCCACCUCACCUGCCCUUUCUCAUUUGCAAUCUUGAUGCCGCACAUGUAAUUAUCGACAAAGACUACAACCCAGCAGUGUAUGACUACAGUAUGAUUUCUGGCGGAUCAUCUUUGACAGACAGAAGAAAUAUCUUAAAUCAACAUGUGAAGGGUCGCUACGGUUAUAUCGAUCCAAACCCUGCUUAUCAAGGUUCUUGGUCUGAGAAGUCCGAUGUCUUCGCAUAUGGUGUUAUUCUCUUAGGAUUAAUAACCAAAAGAGUUUACAGCGAGCAUGACCGGCUGACGCGUUCCCCUUUUAUUUAUGAUUGGGCAUGGGCCCAGCAUGACGCCUGGAAUUCUGAUAUUUGGGGAUUCCUGAGUUCUAAGUUUUCACUUGUGCAUCAAAGCCUGCAGGUUGAUCCACUUUUUAAGCGCGGCGAUGGUGUCAAACUCACGAAACUGGCCAUGCAAUGUGUUAACUUCGACCCUCACAAGCGACCCACUAUGAGAAGAGUCGUUAGCUCCUUAAAGAAGAUGCAUAUCGUUGAGAAUAAUGAGGAACUUGUGGGCGUCCACAGGCUGGUUGAUCUUGAUGAUGCUUAUGAGAAGCGGGCCGAACUCUAUGAUGUUUAUGGUGGUGGUGGUGGUGGCGGUGGCGAUGAUGAUGAUGAUCUUUCAGGGUGUCAAGGAAUAUUCAUGUUGAAGAAAGCAGAUCUUACCCAAAUCACAGGACAUAUCAUAGAUCGAAUCAGAGCUUUUCUCCCUAAUGAAAUUAUCUUCCCUUGCAUCGGCUGCCACUUCUCGAGAUGGCUGCCUUCCAUCUACCAAGAGAUCCCAGGAGGUCAGAUUGCAAACAAAGAUCAGGAAACCCAUGGAGUACUCACAUCAGUUAAGUUGCAAAAUCAAUCAGGAAAGCACGGUGAUGUCCGAGCGUACUCGCGCGCAGACUUGAGGCUCUUCACCAGUGAUUUCAGUGAAGAGAAUCUUAUAGGGAGAUUCCAGUUUGGUAAAGUCUAUCGUGGAAAGAUUGGAAAGCAAGACGUGACCGUGAAGAUAUGGGAAGAUAACAAGAACUACUUAGUUUUUGAAGGAGACAAUGAAAGAAGAUUAUGGGAUGAACUUUCUGUGCUUCAGCUUCCGGAACUUGUGGCUCAUCCUUACUUGGUCAAACUGAUGGGAUACUGCUUUGAAGCAGAAUGUCUGGGUAUUGUUUACAACCUGAAGCCAUUAGACACUGUAAAGAACCUCAUCCAGAAAGAUGCCCUUACAUGGCUGCAAAUGAUAAAGAUUUUGCUUGGAUUGGGAUGCCUUCUCAAGUUCCUCCAUCGCGAUAAUCCACCGUAUCUGCCCUUUGUGGUCGACAACGUUGAUGUUGGCCACAUAAUGCUCGACGAGGAUUAUAACCCUGUACUCUACGACUUGAGUAUGUUAGUUGGAGGAGUUAUCCCUCAUCGGUCCGACAAUGGUCGUCCCUUUUUGUUGGGCAUCUACGGUUAUAGAGAUCCAGAAAUUUCUUGUCAACGGGAACCUCCGCAUGAUGUUUUCGCCUUCGGGACUAUAAUACUAAAUCUGACAGCCAAAAAGUUAUACACUGAUGGUGAUAAAAUAACCGUGGAUAAUGAAGAUGUUUAUUCAUUCGGAGACGGUUCAUUGUGGGAGCCAAUCUUCUGGCAAUGGGCAUUGGAGGCAUACAAGUCGAAAUUGGUCGAGUCGGGACAUGACUGGUCCAUUUGCUCGCUCGUGCAUCAAACCCUAGAGGGUGCGCCCGGGUUUUAUCCCGAAGAUGGCCCAGAGCUUACGAAGCUUGCCAUGGAUUGCCUUCUGCACGGGCCCUCUACUCGACCAACGAUGGAAGAGGCAGUGGACCGGCUCUGUGGAUUACGUGUGGUUCAGGAUCAUGCGCGGGCCCUAGGAGUUAAGCAAAUGCUGCAGUGGUCGUGAAUGAGUGAUCGCUCUGAUCGACCCUGAGACGAAUAUGUGACUGAGAAUUAAUUGUGUAGAUUUACAUGAGGAAAUGUUCUGAUCUUUAUUUAGUUUUAAAUAGAGAAUGCUUUGCUGAAUUCAUUCUGGAUUAAGGGCUGAAUUUCGCAAGACUUGAUCGGUGGCCUGGAUUAGCUUACAGGCUACAGCACCAACAUAUAUGACCACCCGAUCGAUCAACG